AUGAGGACACGAUCACGUGAAGGGACGGGUGGAGGAGAACCCGUGGAAGCGGAAGCACUGGUCUCGCUCCCCCUCCAGCCGCCACGAUCUAGCAAGAAGAGGAAGGCCGCCAGUAGCGGCAGCAGUGGUCCUACUACUCCUGCAGCAACGAAAAAGUCCAAGGAAGUGGCCAACAGCCUUGAGCCACCCGCACCGACCGCGCCUGAGGCUAUCACGCCCGGGAAGGCAGGGGAAAAGGAGGGGGAAAGUCAAAGCAAAACAAAGAAAUCGGCGUCGAAGGCAGGCGAGCACGACGUCGCGGCUGUUGGGGGUAAGGAGGGCCAGUCGCUGGGCAAGGACAAGGAUGGGAAGAGAGCACACGAUGGGCCAAUCACGGCUGCUGACCGGAUGGGGGUAGCGCCGAAGGGGAGAUGCGUGAGCGGAAGGGACUGGAAAGCCAGGAAUCAAUCGCAAAGGGCGUCCAUGCAACGGACGACAGCAACGGAAACGCUGUCCAGCUCCUGGGCGAAGAAGCUGGAGAUCAAGGCCAAGCGGCAGGCGAUCAUGGCCAUGGAGAAGGAGAUGAGGGACGCUAAACUCCAGGAGAUCGAGGACAAGAAGCAAGAGAAGCUGGAAAGGGAAAAGCGGAGACAGCAGAACGAGAUGAAGAACACCACGUACCAGACGAUAUCGAAGACGCACAAGAUGAAGACGAUGAGCAAGAAACAGCUCAGACAGAUCAAGAAGAGGCAGAUCAACUCCCGCACGGGCGAGGUCGAGUUCGUUAGCCCAUGGGGGGGUGGAAAAAAGAAGUAG